AUGGCCAAAGGGAGACGCUUCAACCCACCUUUAGACAAGGAUGGAAGAUGGUUCCCUCACAUUGGACUAAUGCAAAAGACACCAGAAUCCAUCACACAUACCAUAUGUAAAGAGUCCAAGAGUCCACGUUUAUCUCAGCAAGUGCAGGAGAAGCUACCACUGAUGUACAAAGUGCGGGAGAAGCAAGCAGUAAAUAACAACUUCCCCUUCUCUGUACAUGACAAUCGUCACAGCUAUCAGAACUCUGGAUUCUACCUCGACUCUGGCCUGGGACGUAAGAAGAUCUCCUCAGAAAAAAGGCAACACAUUUCAAGAAAUUUCAAUCUUUGGGCAUGUGACUAUGUUCCAUCUUGUCUCGAUGGCUUUUCAAAUAACCAAAUAUCAUAUGUCUGUCAGGAAGCUGUGGUGGUCCCAAUUUUCAGACGCUUUCCAAGACAUUAUAAUGAGUUACAGAACACUUUUAAAUUUAUUCCCCAGCAAAGCUAUACAGAGUAUUUGAAAAAGAAUCCAAAAGUAAGGUUCAUGAUUAACAAAAAGGCCGGUUCUCCACUGGAGCCCUAA